CUCUGCUAUUAGACAUUCAACUGAAUUUUUAAAUAUGCUAAAUAUUCAAUAUGAAAAUCAAGUAAUACUACCGAUUUUGUGUCUUUAUACUGAUAGAAGCCUGGAUCAUCAUUGUAAUUAUGGUUCAGUACAAAUUGCACUAAUUAGUCUUUUUCUUUGUGGUGAUUUUGAUUUACUUGUCGCAGUUCAUACAGCUUCUCAUCAUAGCUGGACAAAUCCUGCCGAAAGAAUUAUAAAUACUUUGAAUUUGGGUCUUCAAGGUGUAGCGCUUAAGCGUGAUUCAAUGAGCUUUGAAUCUGAAACUUUAUUUGAGAUGGCUAAUAUCUUAGAUAAUAUACGUAAAAAAGCUUAA